CAAGGUUUGAGGAGAGCAGAACGAUGGAGAAGCUGCAAAAGAAAGGGUUGUUUGCUGGAAUAAAGCUGAAGAAGAAGAAGAAAGGAGAGAAGGGAUUAACGAUUGCAAACAAAGGAGCAGUGGGUGAGCAUGAUGACACUGAUAGCCUACAACAGGAGUUCCUUACAGGUCAAGAUGGGGAAGAGGGCGAAAAUAUGUAUGACGACUCAGCCUCCACCAGUAGCUUUGGUGCCUCAGGGCCUCUCCAGAAGAGAGCGAAGGUGGAGUCAAAGGUCCAUGAAGGCGAGGUGAAAUCACAGAAUUAUCAGAUUGCCAUAACCAUCAUUGAAGCCCGCCAACUCGUCGGUGAGAACAUAGAUCCCGUGGUGAUUAUUGAAAUUGGCGAUGAAAAGAAGCAGACAACCGUCAAAGAAGGAACCAAUUCACCGUUUUACAAUGAAUAUUUUGUGUUUGACUUCAUUGGACCCCAAGUACAUCUGUUUGACAAAAUUAUCAAGAUCUCUGUUAUGCAUAACAAGUUGAUAGGGAGCAUAUUGAUUGGCUCCUUUAAAGUAGAUCUGGGGACCGUUUACAAUGAGCCAGGUCAUCAGUUUUGUGACAAGUGGGCCCUCCUCACAGACCCUGCGGACAUAAGGACAGGAGCCAAAGGAUAUCUGAAGUGCGACAUCAGCGUUGCAGGGAAAGGAGACACACUGCAAGCCACUCAGAAAGCAAGUGAUGCAGAAGAGCAGAUAGAGAAGAACCUCUUGAUUCCCAAAGGGUUUCCAUCAGAAAGGCCUUGGGCCAGAUUUUACGUGAGAAUCUACAAAGCUGAAGGGCUUCCCAAAAUGAACUCAAGCAUCAUGGCCAAUGUAACAAAAGCCUUCAUGGGCGACAGCAAGGACCUUGUGGAUCCAUUUGUGGUGGUCACAUUUGCAGGUCAAAUGGGUCGAACUACGGUGCAGAAGAACUGUGCCGAUCCUGUGUGGCACGAGCAGGUCGUCUUUAAGGAGAUGUUCCCCCCUCUCUGCCGAAGGGUCAAAAUCCAAGUGUGGGACGAAGGGAGCAUGAAUGACGUGGCCUUAGCCACCCACUUCAUAGACCUGAAGAAGAUCUCGAAUGAACAGGAUGGAGAUAAAGGGUUCUUGCCUACCUUUGGGCCUGCUUGGGUCAAUCUUUACGGUUCCCCCAGAAACCACACCCUGAUGGACGACCACCAAGAGCUCAAUGAAGGUUAUGGCGAAGGUGUCUCUUUCAGGGGACGGCUCUUGAUCGAGCUCGCAGUGGAGAUCCUCUCCGGGGGAGCCCACGAAUCAAAGUUUUCAAAGAUGAUCAAGGAAAUAAAGCUACCUUCCAAGGACAAAGACCCCAAAGGCUCAAAAGGAUCGGGAAAGGACAAAGACAAAGGAGCUGAAGAUGGAAAAUCUUCCCCUUCAGAUAAAACAAACUCAACAGAUGUGGAGGUGGAGCCUUUUGAUGUACCGCCUGAGAUCCACGAGGAGCAGUUUGAGGAAUUCCUUCUCUUUGGGGCCUUUUUUGAAGCUACGAUGAUCGAUAGGAAGUUUGGAGAUAAACCAAUAAGCUUUGAGGUGUCUGUUGGGAAUUUUGGCAAUGUUAUUGAUGGAGUGUCACCUGGAGCUGGGAGCAAGAAGAAAGGUCAUGAGGGAGAGGAGGAGGAAGGUACCCCUCUUCUGCAUGAGGGAACGGGAGAAGCUUCACAUGACAUUGCGGUGCCGCUGGUCUCUACCACACACCCAGAGAAGCCGCUCAUCACUGAGGGAAACAGAAACUACCUUUAUUUGCCCUAUGACGAUAAGAAGCCCUGUAUCUACAUAAAGAGUUUUUGGGGUGACCAAACUUUCAGGCUCUAUUUUUCUAACGUCCUCGAGAAAAUGGCACAUCUCCUGGAAGAAGGUUUAGAACAAGUAAGAGAUCUGAUCAAAGUUUCUGAGAUUGCCUCGGAGGAGAAAAUGAGGUCCACUUUAACGGAUUUUAUCAACCAAAGUAGGGCCUUCAUUGCGAAUGCUGAAAAGAAGCCCAAACUGAUGAAUCGGACGCCUUUGGACAAAAAGAGGCUGACGCUGUAUAAGCAAGAAUUGGAAGCGAUGUCCAAAGAUGCCAGAACAAUCAUCCAGCAGCAAAAGAAGAAGAUUCCUCUCGAAGAAAUGAUGCGCGAGACUCAGAACUACAUUGGGAAGAUCCGUUUCUUAGUCGAUGAGCCUCAGCACACGGUGCCCGAUGUCUUCAUCUGGAUGCUGAGCAACAACAAAAGAGUUGCCUACGCGAGAAUCCCAGCCAAAGACGUGCUCUACUCCCCGGUGACCGAGCAGAGAGGGAAGCACUGUGGGAAGAUUAAAACUCACUUCUUGAAAUUGCCAGGAAAACGGCCUCCUGGCUGGAACGUUCACGGAAAAGUCGACACUUACCUGUGGCUUGGCUCCGCCAAAUAUGCGCACACAAUUUUGGACAACUUGCCUAUUGGAUAUGAAACAGAAACACCUUUUGGAGCAAGCGCAGGACAUCACGGCAGCCCUCCACCUGUUAGCCUGGUUUACAGAACCAAGAAUGUUUUCCAGCUGAGAGUUCACAUGUAUCAGGCCAGGGGUCUAAUCGCAGCCGACAGCAGUGGACUUUCUGAUCCCUUUGCCAAAGUCACUUUUGUUUCGCACUGCCAGACCACGAAGAUCAUUCAACAAACUUUGUCUCCAACCUGGAAUCAAAUGCUGCUGUUUAAUAAUAUUCUGCUUCACGGGGAUGGAAAAGAAAUUGCCGAAUUCCCCCCAGUGAUUGUCGUAGAGCUCUAUGAUGACGAUGCAGUGGGUAAAUCAGAAUAUAUUGGCUCCACGGUUGCUGCCCCUGUGACAACAUUGGUUGGUCAGAAAUAUGAGCCACCUAAACUUAGUUACCACCCAGUGUACUUUGGAAAUAUUUCUGGAGGGGACCUCCUUGCUGCAUUUGAGUUGCUGCAGAUCUCCGAUUCCGGCCCUGAAAACCUCCCACCUGUGGAUCCUGCAGAUGCCAGUAUGAUCUACCCAGUCCCAGCCAACAUCAGGCCUGUCUUGAGUAAAUACAGGGUAGAGGUUCUCUUCUGGGGUCUCCGUGAACUGAAGAAGGUGCAGCUCCUUUCUGUGGAUCGCCCACAAGUUCUCAUUGAAUGUGCCAGCAAAGGGGUGAAAUCGUGUGUCAUCCAGAGCUACAAAAACAAUCCCAAUUUCAAUGUCCAGGCAGACUGGUUUGAAGUGGAACUGCCUGAAAACGAACUGCUGCACCCGCCUCUUAGCAUCUGUGUAGUUGACUGGAGAGCCUUUGGACGCAGCACUUUGGUUGGAACCCACACCAUCAAUUGCCUGAAGCAGUUUCUGUAUAAGCCUAAAGAACUGCCAGCCACACCAGCAAAAGAGCCCGACAUUGUGGAAAUCGACAAAGCUUCACCCGCUCCAGCACAACUUCAGUCGCCUCAGCCUGAAGAGUCUUCAGCAGAUCAUGUCUAUAUUGACGUGGAACAUGGUGAGCCCGUGUUUGCCGUGCCAGAGCCAGAGCCAUCGGCUCCAUCGCCUCUGCCAGCACCUUCGCUGAAACCUGCUUCUCCUCCUACCUCGGCACCUGCAAAAGACGAGAAGCAAAAAGGCUCAAGGAAAUCAACUCGGCGCUCCACCAAGAGGAAAAAGAGGACAAUGGCUGAUGAAUCGGCUGAAAAUGUUAUUGAUUGGUGGUCAAAGUAUUACGCCUCUGUACAAAAAGGACAAAGGGCAAAAGUGCUCGAUUUCAGUGAAGGAAAGCCAGGAAACGCGAAACAGACCUCUGGCCACGUAGCACUGAGCAUUGAAGACGAGCCAGACAGAAAGAAGAAAGACAAGUUGCUCAAGAAGAAAGUGAAGGAGGCCCCUCCGAAUCUAGCAACCCUGGAGAUCUACGAUGGUGAUUUGGAGAGUGAAUUUAACAACUUUGAAGACUGGGUGAAAACGUUUGAACUCUUCCGAGGCAAGUCCACUGACGAAGAUCACAGCGACUAUGAGGACAGGAUCAUAGGGAAGUUUAAGGGCUGUUUCUGCAUAUACAAAAGUCCAGAAGACGGCUGCUCAGGAGACGGAGGCCAGCCGAGGAUCCUGCAGGGCAUCCCUCCCAACCACUCUGUGAAAGUUCUCAUCAGAGUAUACGUUGUCGCAGCAUUUAAUCUUAGUCCAGCUGAUCCAGAUGGCAAAUCAGAUCCUUAUAUUGUGCUUAGGUUGGGAAAAACAGAAAUUAAAGACAGAGACAAUUAUAUUCCGAAGCAGCUGAACCCAGUUUUUGGAAGGUCGUUUGAAAUCCAGGCAACUUUCCCCAAGGAAUCCCUGCUUUCAGUCCUGAUCUACGACCAUGACUUGAUUGGUUCUGAUGACCUCAUUGGAGAAACAAAAAUCGAUUUGGAAAACCGUUUUUACAGCAGACAUCGAGCUACCUGUGGGUUGCAGAGCCAAUAUGAAAUUGAAGGGUAUAAUGCCUGGCGAGAUGCCACCAAGCCAACCGAGAUCCUGACCAAGCUCUGCAAAGAAAACAAGCUGAGUGGGCCCUACAUGCAACCUGGGAAGAUACAAGUGGGCGACAAGGUCUUUACAGGGCAGACUGUCUUCCAGGCAGAUGAAAAUGAGGAGCCAGUGGAAUCCUAUGAACACCUUGCUCUGAAGGUUUUGCGUUCCUGGAACGACAUCCCUGGGGUUGGAUGCAAGCUGGUGCCCGAACACAUUGAGACGCGGCCGAUAUACCACAAAGAUAAGCCCGGCAUGGAGCAGGGCCGUGUGCAGAUGUGGGUGGACAUGUUUCCGAAGGAUAUGCCUCUCCCAGGGCCGCCGGUUGACAUUUCACCCAGAAAACCCAAAGGUUAUGAACUGAGAGUGAUAAUCUGGAAUACAGAAGAUGUCAUUUUAGAGGAUGAGAAUAUCUUCACUGGGCAAAAAUCAAGUGACAUUUAUGUAAAAGGGUGGGUGAAAGGCCUGGAAGAUGACAGGCAGGAGACGGAUGUGCAUUACAACUCUUUGACCGGAGAAGGGAACUUCAACUGGCGCUUCGUGUUCCCAUUCCAUUAUCUCCCGGCCGAGAAGCAAGUGGUGGUCAGCAAGAGGGAGAACAUAUUUUCCUUAGAGAAGACGGAACGCAAAAUCCCUGCAGAACUGGUGCUCCAGGUGUGGGAUUUCGAAAGGCUUUCCUCCGAUGACUUCCUUGGCUCCCUUGAAAUGAACCUGAAUGGCUUUCCUCGAGCCGCCAAGUCAGCCAAGGCCUGCGACAUAAACAUGGUCAUGGCAACAAGUGAGGAGAACAAGAUUUCCAUAUUUCAGCAGAAGAGGGUCAGAGGCUGGUGGCCUUUUGUCAAAGCUGGAGAGCUCACAGGCAAAGUGGAAGCUGAGUUCCAUUUAGUCACGGCAGAGGAAGCCGAGAAAAAUCCCGUGGGCAAAGCUCGGAAGGAGCCGGAACCUUUGGAAAAACCCAACCGGCCAGACACUUCCUUCUCCUGGUUUGUGAAUCCUUUCAAGUGCUUUUUCCAUCUCAUCUGGAGAAAUUACAAGAAAUACAUCAUCAUCGCCCUAUUCCUACUUAUCCUGGUUGUAUUCUUAGUACUUUUCAUCUACACUCUGCCUGGCGCCAUCAGCCGUAGGAUUGUUGUAGGGAGUUCUUAGGAGAGCUCUCUGCUCCAUUAUGGCACG